UGGUUAAUUUGGGGGCUUUGUGUCUCUUGUAAUCAGCUGCCAUUGCUGGUUUAAUUUUGGUACAUGGAUUGGAGGAUGGUGCUCUCGCUGCAGCUCCCAGUCCAGUGUUGGGUAAGUGCUACGAUGGGGCUGCAUUGGGAAUGAGUGUUGGGCCUUCUUGUAAAAGCCCAAUCGUGAGCCCUCUUCCUCUUCUUCUCGUCCUCCGGCGCCGGCGGGCGGAGUGGAGACCUCAUCGCAUCGGCAUCGCCGCCUUCUCUUUCCCAGCCUCCCGCCCAACCCCAUCUCCACCGCCGGUGCUAGGUAGGGACCACAUCACCAGCCCCGGCCAGCACUGACGGUUAUCGGUGGGUGGGUAGGGAAGAGAAGCUCGAGCCCGCGUGGGAUGUGGCGAAGGCGAUUGGGCGCUCUCCUUCUCCGAUCCCCGCCCUCUUGCCACUGGCGGCUCGUCCCCAGCGAGGAACCUCUACCUCUUGCUCUGAAUAAUCAUCUAGUCAACCUCUUCACAUCUCAGGCUGGGAGUGAGGGUGGCCAUAACGAGAAGCCGUUUAUUGCUUUCGUCUUAGGUGGUCCUGGGAGUGGCAAAGGAACACAAUGUACCAAGAUUGCUUCGAAUUUCGGAUUUGCCCAUUUGAGCGCUGGCGAUCUGCUACGGCAUGAAAUAUCAUCUGGCAGUGAGAAAGGGGAGUUGAUAUUAGAGAUAAUAAAGGAAGGGAGGAUUGUCCCAUCAGAGAUAACCGUCGAACUGAUCAGAAAAGCAAUGGAAAUGAGCAAUGCUAGAAAGGUUCUUAUUGAUGGUUUCCCAAGGUGUGAGGAAAACAGAAUCUCCUUUGAAAGAAUUAUUGGUACAGAACCAGACAUUGUGGUUUUCUUUGACUGUUAUGAGGAUGAGAUGGUUAAACGCCUCCUAAGCCGUAACCAGGGACGGGUUGAUGAUAACAUUGAGACAAUCAAGAAGCGUCUAAAAGUGUUUGAGAGCUUGAAUAUUCCUGUUGUUGACUAUUACUCUUCUAGGGGAAAAGUUCACAAGAUAAAUGCAACAGGAACUGCAGAUGAGAUCUUUGAAGCAGUCCGCAAGCUGUUUUCUUCCUUAAGAAAAAGAGACCAUAGAUUUGGUGGGUCUCAUUAUAUGCGCUUGAGUUAGCAAACCGUGUGUGGUGUUCCUGGAGGAGCUUCAUUCUUGCAUUAUCUGAUUGCUUGCAGAUUAUUCUCUAAUAGCACCAAAUUGGCUUUGUAUGUUGUCAGUUGUCAUAUGUGAUACUGAGUUGUCUUUUAGCAACAAUUUGAGUAUUUGACACUUCAAAAGCUUGCCGUUGUAGCUAGGGUGGACCAUGAGCUAAGAAAAACAUUAUUGCUUGUAAGAUCUUGACUAUUGUGAUUAUGUGCCUUUUGUGUUGAUGGUUCACAACAAAGAAAGACACAUUCACAAGCAAUACGAACAUAUACCAUUUUUCUUUUGGCGUUGAUGGCA